GCUACAGGGUCUGUGUCCUCCUGCAGCUCUGAGCAAAGCCGCCUGCCACCAUGGUGCACUGGUCAGCCGAAGAGAAGCAGCUCAUCGCCAGCGUCUGGAGCAAGGUCAAUGUGGCCGAAUGCGGUGCCGAGGCCCUGGCCAGGCUGCUGAUCGUCUACCCCUGGACCCAGAGGGUCUUCGCUUCCUUCGGGAACCUCUCCAGCCCCACUGCAAUCAUUGGCAACCCCAAGGUCCGUGCCCAUGGCAAGAAAGUGCUCACCUCCUUUGGGGAAGCCGUCAAGAACCUGGACAACAUUAAGGUGACCUACGCCAAGCUGCCUGAGCUGCACUGCGAGAAGCUGCAUGUGGACCCCGAGAACUUCAGGCUCCUUGGAGACAUCCUAAUCAUUGUCCUGGCUUCCCACUUUGCCAGGGAUUUUACCCCUGCUUGCCAGUUUGCCUGGCAAAAGCUGGUCGGUGUCGUGGCUCAUGCUCUGGCCCGCAAGUACCACUGAGCAUCCUGGGACUGACCAUGCGAGGAAGAGUCCCUGCUCCGCCACAAGCACCUCUGAGCACAAGGAGAUGCCCU